AUGGUUUCAGAUAGUAGUGAUAAUUUUUUCAUGUACAAUGUAACAUUUGAUAGUUCAGAAAAUGUCACAUCUGGUAAAAUUAAAUUAUUCGGGACGAUAUUAAUACCAAUUGAAGCCACAAUAUCAAAUCCCGUUCCUGGUUGUUUACUGAUUCACGGUUCGGGUGGAAAUGAUCGCUGGGAAGAUAUUGAGAAUAAUUAUCAUCUAUUUUACGACAUUGCUACAUAUUUAGCAUCAAACGGUAUAGCUGUUCUUGUGUACGAUAAAAGAAAUUGUCGUCUACCAAUAUGUCAAUAUCAGUUUUGUAAUAUAUCACCCAUAAAUGAUACUGAUAAUUGUGUACAAAGUUUAAAACUAACGAUGUUUGAUUAUGUUAGCGACGCCGAACAAGCAUUCAAGUUUUUAGCAAACUAUUCUCAGACAAUCAACUCAAAGAGAUUAAUUAUCGGCGGGCAUUCUGAAGAGCAACUACAAUAUUUACAAUCUCAAGUGCCUGUAACACCACAGAUAGAGCAAGCAAUCGAACAGUUAAUUGAAAUAAUUAACAUGUUGAAUUGUACGACUUUAAUAACUGAAAAUCAAUACAAUUUAAUUCGUUCUCAAUCAGUCCCAAUUGAUUUUAAUAGUGUAAUUUGUUAUGGUGGUCAUACAUAUCCACAAUUUACAUUUCCAAAUUUGAAUUUAACAGUAGAAAAGGGUUUCUAUUGUCCCGCUCAAUGUGGUACAAAUGUAUGCUCACCACAUAUGAAUUCAGAUUAUUGUUUAUUAUUGUGUCAAAUAGGUUAUUUUAAUUAUGAUAUAUGUCUUUCAACUGCAUAUGCUUACUCACAAUUAAAAAUAGGUUAUUUAAUAAACGACACGAACGUUGCUCUGCAAAAUUUAUCAAUAUUGAUAGUGAAUAGUCAAAGCGAUCUCAAAACACCACCAAGUGUUUAUCAACCGUUACAUCAUUUACUGAAACAAGUGUAUGAAAGAGAAAGUAAAUUACAAUUAUUAUCAAUUCAAGAAAUCAAUGAACUCAAUCACUACAUGACAAUUGGAACAGAGACUCAAGUUGCACCAAUCGUCACAAAUACAGCCUUGAAGUUUCUAAUUGAUCAAAAUAUUUUGCUUACAAAAAAUAUUGCUGAUAUCAAUCGAAAUUGUUCUUUGUUGUCUAUUCUUUGUCUUGUAAAUUAUUUUUACAUUAAGAGUAAACGUUAG